ACCUUAGUCUAGUUUUGAUGAUACUACUUCCUGCUGACCUUAGUCUAGUUUUAACGAUACGUCUUCUUCCUGCUGACCUUAGUCUAGUUUUAAUGAACAGGAUCUAGGCUUACAUUUUGUUUGUCUUUGAAACAAAGAAUUCGGGAUGUCACAUUUAGGGCAAGUUACAGAGCCCUCAAGGUUUGAGGUUUCUCUUAAGCUUUUCAAGAUCUUGGCAGAUCACAUCCAUAGGUGUUCUGUCUGUUGGAAUCAUCAUACGGAUGUUUUGUCUGUGGAAAUCAUGAUAUGGAUGUUUUGUCUGUGGGAAUCACCAUUGGAAUGUUCUAUCUAUGGGAAUCACCAUUGGAAUGUUCUAUCUAUGGGGAUCACCAUUGGAAUGUUCUGUCUAUGGGGAUCACCAUUGGAAUGUUCUGUCUAUGGGGAUCACCAUUGGAAUGUUCUAUCUAUGGGGAUCACCAUUGGAAUGUUUUAUCUAUGGGGGUCACCAUUGGAAUGUUCUAUCUAUGGGGAUCACCAUUGGAAUGUUCUAUCUAUAGGGAUCACCAUUGGAAUGUUUUAUAUAUGGGGGUCACCAUUGGAAUGUUCUAUCUAUGGGGAUCACCAUUGGAAUGUUCUAUCUAUGGGGAUCACCAUUGGAAUGUUCUAUCUAUGGGGAUCACCAUUGGAAUGCUCUGUCUAUGGGGAUCACCAUUGGAAUGUUCUAUCUAUGGGGAUCACCAUUGGAAUGUUCUAUCUAUGGGGAUCACCAUUGGAAUGUUCUGUCUAUGGGGAUCACCAUUGGAAUGUUCUAUCUAUGGGGAUCACCAUUGGAAUGUUCUAUCUAUGGGGAUCACCAUUGGAAUGUUCUAUCUAUGGGGAUCACCAUUGGAAUGUUCUGUCUAUGGGGAUCACCAUUGGAAUGUUCUAUCUAUGGGGAUCACCAUUGGAAUGUUUUAUCUAUUGGGAUCACCAUUGGAAUGUUUUAUCUAUGGGGGUCACCAUUGGAAUGUUUUAUCUAUGGGGAUCAUCAUUGGAAUGUUUUAUCUAUGGGGGUCACCAUUGGAAUGUUCUAUCUAUGGGGAUCACCAUUGGGCCAUUCUGUCGUAUAUAUAUAGCUUAGAAUCACAAAUGACGAAGGAAGACAACUUUUUGACUCGUGCCCUGACCGGGCCUCGAACUCACGAUCUACGGCACCCAAUCGCCUAGCCAGAAAUACCCGCAGAUUAUACCGCUGCGCCACAUCGGCGUUCGAAAAGAAAGAACGCCGAUAUCUAUAUAUAUAUAACCAUUGGACAGUUCUUUUUCUCCGUUGACAACAAUUAGAACGCUUUAUCAAUGAGGCCCACCACUAGAGCUUUCUGUUCAUGGGGUCCACAAUUGGGAUGUUCUGUCUAUGAGGACAACCAUUUGACCGAUCUAUGGGGACACUUUAGGGGCGUUAUUCCUAUGUGUAUAUCCACUGGGACGUUCCAUUUAUGGGGACCAUUAUUAGGACAGUCUAUCUAUGGUGACAACCAAUGUGGCAUACUAUCUAUGGGGACCACCAUUGGGACGUUAUGUCUGUUGGGGACCACCAUUGGACGUGUAUGUCCUAGGGGACAACCCUAGAAUAUUGUUCAGGUGAAAAAUGUAUUAGAAUUAUGUUACAAUAUCUAUAAUACUGUUAAUUGUAGUUGCUAAUUUGUGUCCGUAUUGUGAACAUCGUUCUGCUAAUGCGUGUCCAGUAAAGUGAACAUCAUUCUGUUAAUACGUGCCCAUAAUAGUGACCAUAGUGCUGCUAAUACGUAUCCAGUAUUGUGACAAUCGUUCUGCUAAUUCGUGCUCAGUAUGGUGACCGUAGUUCUGCUAAUAGUGCCCAGUAUUGUGACCGUAACGCUGCUAAUACGUGCCCAGUAUUGUGACCGUAGUUCUGCUAAUGGUGUCCAGUAUUGUGACAAUCGUUCCGCUAUUACGUGCCCAGUAUUGUGACCGUAGCGCUGCUAAUGGUGCCCAAUAUUGUGACCAAAGUGCCUUCCUCACGGUGCUAAUGAAAUCGCCCCGAAUUCAUCGUCAAAUACCCAGAAAGAAAUAUUGUAAUUCGCCUUGGAAAAACUAGAUUACAAUGAUUACUGAAUGAUGAAGAAAUGAAGAACAAUAAAAGAAAACUUAAUACACUACUGACGACAUAUCUUCCUGAUGAUUCGUGUUAUUUGUUGUAAAUUGUUUCUUUUAUUUGUGUAGCUGAAAUAAAAACAAGUUUUCCAUAAUAGGAAGACGGGGUGACAGAUCAGACUAACAUAGCGAUCAGUGUAAUUUUUUCAGCCAGGCUAUCGAGGUUGAUAGGUGUCAUUUGAUAGUACUGAUAGAUAAACUUGUUAUUCUGAAACUAUAUUUAAAUACGUAUGGUAUUCGGGGCUCGUUUUGCAUGAUUAUAAACGUGUAAUAGUAAAAUUAUGAAAUCAAAUUUUACAAUGAAUUAUGGUUUUUGCCGAUUGGGUUGGAUUGCUGAUAGAUGUGUCGGAGAAAAUAAAUGCAUUGUACCUGAA